UCAUUUGGUUGUUGUAGCUUGAAAGGCUAAGACCAAGCUGGAGUAAAUCAUUAACGAUUAUCAUCAUUGGCUUAACAGUUAAAUUUGACGUCAUAAAGAGAAUCCUAAAAUUUUGAGAGAAAGGAAUAAGGAAAAGAAGUACCAAAAGGAAAAAAAAAAGUUCCGCCAAAUAGCCUGGAUUAUACGCAAAGAGGAAGAAAAAAUGACAGCAUGUGAUCGAAGAAAUCCUCAAUUAUAUUCUUAAUUUUUCUUCCUUUUUCCGUUCCUACUUCAUCGUCUUUAAUUUGCAAUACGAAACAGUUUCCGCUUCCUCCUACUUACAAACACACAUACUCGCAGAUAUACACACUUAUAUAUACGUGUACAUUUGCACGCGUGCUUUUGUUCUUCUCGUUUAAAUUUACCUUUAAGCAACCUCAUCAAGCUUUAUCCGUGAAAAAUCUUUAACACAAAACAGUUUACCAACUUCUCUUAUACGAAUCAAUCUUCAGACUGAAGGUGUUAUACAAAAUAUUAUAUAUAUAUAUAUAUAUAUAUGUAUUUAUAUAUAUAUAUAUAGCUUGUAUAUAAGCUAUAUAUAUAUAUAUAUGUAUAUACACACAUAUAUAUACACACAUAUAUAUAUAGCUUAUAUACACAUACAUAAAUAGAGGGAGAGAAAGAGGGUGAGGGUGACUAGACAAGUAAUAUUUAUCACUCUCUCCUACUGUUUAAACCUUUAUCUUUAUCUCUCCUGUCGCUGUUUUUUGGAAGGUUUCUCUCUUUCUCUCCCCUUCUCCCUUUGUCUUUCUCCAUAGCAUAUAUGCACAUAUAAAUAUAUUUAUAUACUAAAAGACGCACACAUACAUGCAUAUCUAUAUUUUUAUGUACAUAUCGACAUAGAAAAGCGUACGAAAAUUGCUCGACAUAUUACAAAGUGUUAUUGAAACUACUUUUUCAAGCACAGAUGAACUGACAUUUCUUUGAAAAGAAUAAUUAAAUAUAUACACAAGCAAUUACUGAUAUAUUCUAGACAUUUCCUAUAUACCUAUAUCGAUCUAUCUCUAUAAAUAUAUUGUAUAUAUACAUAUAUAUACAUAUAUACACGCGCAUUUAUAUAAAUCUGUCAAUAUCAUCUUGUCAAGAUGCCCCAGGACAGCGCAAAAGUGGCCCUACAUUAUACGGGCCAACCUCAGGUUGCUGUAGAUGAGGACAAGCAGAAAGUUAUAUUAAAAUAUCCAACCAAAAAGGGUUAUACCCCUCCCAUCUCUCCGAUUCAGAUAUCCGGAAGAGGAGAACAUGUUUACGAGGAUUCACGGGUUUGCGUCAGAACUCCCGAGAAUAUGACAUUGUCAGUUUACGAGGAGCCCGACGGUGCAACCAGAUGCUCGAUUAGCCCGGAGGGUGCCAGAGGAGCUCAAGGUGAGAUAAACAUUUCCAUUGCGGAGGAGAAGGAAAAGCCCCGUAAAGUAGAAACGACGAAGCUUAUCAUAGACCCUUGUUGUCACCACAUACACGGUACCACCACUAAGUUACAGCUGAACACGAAGAAGGCCAAUUUGUGCCAAAAGUGCGGAAGACCUAAAGCAGAUACGUGUCCAUUUUCGGAACAGACUGAUGCUAAAGCUGUAGUAACCGACUUCAUUUGUGAACAUUGUCUUAGACAUGGCCAUAUAGUAAUAGACAGUGGAAAGACGAGCCGUUCACGUACGCCAGAGUCAAAGUCAAGCCGUUCUCAAACGCCAGAAUCUAGAUCAGGCCGUGGGCGCACCCCAGAACGAAGGACAGGACGCGCGCGUACUCCAGAAUCAAGAAAAGGCCGCACUCAUACGCCAGAAUCAAGAUCGAGCCGUGCGCGUACCCCAGAAGGAAGAUCAGAGCGCAAGCGUACGCCAGACGCAGAGAUAAGACGUCCACAUACACCAGAAACGAAGUUGGUCAAGAGGAAAUGUUGUUGUGGAAAAGUAAUAUAUGAACACGUACCGAUUACUACUAAAGAAAUUACUAAAGAUGUGGAAUCGCAGGUCGAGGAAUCGGACUUCUUGUGUCAAGCGUGUGAAGAGGCCCUUCGAUGCCACCGUCGCAUUGAUGAAGUGGAAAUAGAAGAUGAGCCGGAAGUUCCUCCUGCACCUGAUAAGUUUGAAGAACAUCCCUGCCACCACCCUAAACACCAUGUGCAUUGCAUUUAUAGUCCUCCUCCUCCACCACAACCUGAAAAGAUUAUUGAACACCCCUGCCAUCACUGUGCUUACACAGUUAAAUGCCAUUCUGAUCCGACUAGAUGGCCAAAUCAAGAAGAGAUAGAGGCAGCACAGCCAUUAUGCAGUGCAACAAAAUGUAAGUACAAAGCAAUGAAAGAGAGGAAAGAACAAUCUUCAAAAUUCGACCCCUUCACUUCGCUUCUCUAUGAAGAGAUUCAUUUUGCCGAAACUGUAUUCAGACGAUGCAAAAGGUGCAGUAAUAUAUUCUCUUUUAGACCGACCAACAAAAUGAGAUGUGAAUUGGAAAUGCCGACAUUGUGCGAUGAAUGCUGUGGGAAACCUCCACCACCUGUACACUGCCACCAUGUGCCGCAUUAUCACCCCGUUGUCCAUCAUCAUCAUCAUGAUCCUCAGCAAGAGCCUCCACCACCUGAGCACCACCACCAUCAUGAUCAUGAUCAUCACCAUCAUGAUCAUGAUCAUCACCAUCAUGAUGAUCAUCACCAUCAUGAUCAUCACCAUCAUCAUGAUGAUCAUGAGCAUCACCACCAUCAUGAUCUUCAUGAUCCCCACCAUCAUGACCACCACCACCACCAUCAUGAAGUUAUCAAGCCAUGCGGAUGCAAAAAACCAGUCGUCUGCGAACACUGUCGAGGUACAAAUCAAGCCGAUACAAAUCUGUCAGCUGCGCAAGAUUUCGCUAAAAUUACUGAUUCGGUUGGAAGGAAAACUUAUACUUUUGAAACCCCAUUAGGAGGAGACAAGAAAAACGCACCGACUGUUGUAGGAAAUGUUUGUGUUGACCUAGCACUCUGUUGGGAUCCUACUUGCAAACAUAAAGGGAAGCAGAAUAAAGAAUUAUUUGGAGGUAGCAUAGCCCAAGGUACACCUUUCCCUCUUGAUUUUGAUUUAAACGUUGAUGUUCCACCACUUCCUUUCGCCAAAAUUGACCAAGUAUUUGAUGACGAUUCUGUUUGUGAAACAUGUGUGUAUAGCGAAAGUACGGACACGGCCAAUUUCAAGGAUCGUGACGAAAAAUUGGAACCGUACAGACAUUUAUAUAGCUAUCCCCAAUCAAAUGCCGACGAACCGCAAUCAAAUGCCGAAGAAGACAGCGUGAUAAUAAGAGAAACAGAAGAUGCCACAACCGAGACAAAGGACACACGAUUGGUAGAUACUUCAACGUCACCUGACUACAUGGAGGAUGAAGAAGAAGAGCCAAUCAUAGUAGAAAUUCCAACUGACGAGAAAUCUCUACAGGUUGAUAUUGAGGAGGAAGAAAGGAAAGCCAAAGAAUUGAUAGACAAUGCAAAACCCAAAAAAUCUCCCUUAAAAAAAAUGCUAUGCUGUGGAUCAAAACGAGGAGGCAAAUAACUGAUACAUACAUUACAAAUGAUAAACUAAAAACAAGAGGAAGAUAAAAAAAAAAGGAAGCAAACAUUUCAUUUUAAUAAACAUUUAGCCAAGUU